GCGCAGGCAGGCGGCAGGUGCUAGGAGCGGAGCUGGGCGAGGUGUGUGCCCGCUGGGCUCCGGGGCCGCCGCCCCCUCGCUGCCCCCAUCUUUCCCUCUCUUUGGGCUUCAGAGCGCGUCCAGCCCCCUGUCUCCGCGCCCCGGCCCAUGGCGCCCCGCGGUUGAGCCGGCGCCGCCAGGGACCCCUCCCGCGGGCCUCCCCGGGGCGCGCAGAUCCCGGAGCCGCCCGCCCACCCUCGGCGGAGCCUCCCUCUUUUCCUCGCCCGAGCCGGGCGGGACCAUGGCUACGAAGCUGCGAGCGCAUCAGGUGGACGUGGACCCGGACUUCGCGCCGCAGAGCCGGCCGCGCUCGUGUACCUGGCCCCUGCCGCAGCCCGACUUGGCCGGCGACGAGGACGGAGCGCUGGGCUCAGGGGUGGCUGAGGGCGCCGAGGACUGCGGGCCGGAGCGCCGGACGACGGCCCCGGCGAUGGCCCCAGCGCCGCCGCUGGGCGCGGAGGUCGGACCGCUGCGGAAAGCGAAGAGCUCCCGGCGGAACGCGUGGGGGAACCUGUCCUACGCCGACCUCAUCACCAAAGCCAUCGAGAGCGCCCCGGACAAGCGGCUCACGCUCUCUCAGAUCUACGACUGGAUGGUCCGUUACGUGCCCUACUUCAAGGAUAAAGGCGACAGCAACAGCUCGGCCGGCUGGAAGAACUCCAUCCGGCACAACCUGUCGCUGCACACCCGUUUCAUCCGCGUGCAGAAUGAGGGCACAGGAAAGAGCUCCUGGUGGAUGCUGAACCCUGAGGGUGGAAAGACCGGCAAGACCCCGCGGCGCAGGGCCGUGUCCAUGGACAAUGGUGCCAAGUUCCUGCGCAUCAAGGGCAAAGCCAGCAAGAAAAAACAGCUGCAGGCACCUGAGCGAAGCCCCGACCACAGCCCCCCCGGGGCAGCCGCGCCCGGGCCCCUGCCUGCUGCAGCCAAGUGGGCCACCAGCCCGGCCUCGCAUGCUAGCGACGACUACGAGGCGUGGGCUGACUUCCGCGGUGGCGGGAGACCCCUGCUCGCAGAGGCAGCUGAAUUGGAGGACGACGAGGCCCUGGAGGCCCUGGCGCCAUCCUCUCCGCUCAUGUACCCGAGCCCUGCGAGUGCUCUGUCCCCGGUGCUAGGCGCGCGCUGCCCCGGGGAGCUGCCCCGCCUGGCCGAGCUAGGCGGCCCGCUGGGCCUGCACGGCGGUAGCGCGGGGCUGCCGGACGCCCUGCUGGACGGCGCGCAGGACACUUAUGGGCCGCGGCCCGCGCCGAGGCCCGGCCCAGUGCUGGGCGCGCCCGGGGAGCUGGCGCUGGCUGGCACGGCCCCCGCCUACCCAGGCAAGGGGGCGGCCCCAUAUGCGCCGCCGGUACCCUCGCGCAGUGCCUUAGCCCACCCCAUCAGCCUUAUGACGCUGCCCGGCGAGGCGGGCGCCGCUGGCUUGGCGCCGCCGGGCCACGCAGCCGCCUUCGGGGGCCCUCCCGGUGGCCUCUUGCUGGACGCGCUGCCCGGGCCAUACGCGGCUGCCGCUGCUGGGCCUUUGGGUGCUGCGCCUGACCGCUUCCCAGCCGACCUGGACCUUGAUAUGUUCAGCGGGAGCCUCGAGUGUGACGUCGAGUCCAUCAUCCUCAACGACUUCAUGGACAGCGACGAAAUGGACUUCAACUUUGACUCGGCCCUGCCUCCACCACCACCCGGCCUGGCCGGGGCCCCACCCCCCAACCAGAGCUGGGUGCCGGGCUGAGGGCCGCCCCCAGUGCCCUGGGUGCCCCUGCCCCAGCCCCAAGGGGCCUCUGUCUUCCCAUCCUGUUUCCGGGGUCCCCACUCUUGAUUCCAGCUGCACGGGAGGAUCCAGGAGGCAGCCCCAGCCCUGCUAGAGACCUCCCUCAGAAGCUGACCACUGAGGGAAGUGGUAGGGAGGGGCUGGGGCCGCCUACCAUUCCUGCCCAGACUCCUGCUACCCUUUCUUCCCACUCCCGGACAGGAAAUCUGGGGGUGGAGGCUGAAAUCCAGAAAUCCAGGCUGGGUGGGAGUGAUGAGGAGCCAAGUGGACCGCGCUGGUCGGAGAAGAUGCCGGGAGAUGGGGCAGGGGACGUCUCCAAAUCUUUAAGUUUUUUUGUGUGUGGGGUCCUCGCCGUGACAAAUCGCCCUCCCCAAACUCCGAUCGGAUUCCCAAUUGACACCUUCCCGCUGGCCUUAGCCCCUCCCCCUCCCGCCCUUCACUCCUACCUAUUGGCUGUUCAGCCGGGAGCUGUCCUUCAGCCCUAAUCACCCGACUCCACCCCUGCGGUUCAGCCCCUUCCUUUCCUCUUCCCCACCCCCCCAAGCCCCAACUUCACCCUCCUUUGUCAGAGUCCUUCUCGGUCUCCAGCCCUCCACCACUCCCCUGUACUGGUCUUACCCUCUCCAGAGGGCCUCAGCUCCGGAUCCACCCCAGCCCGACGCCCCUCUCUCCACGCCAGUCCUGGCGCCUCUCUCCCGUAUUUAUAAGUGUCCGGUCGGGGCGGGCCGUGGGCCGGAGUCCCCUGCGCAUAUCGUAGGCAGUGUACCGUGGCUGUGCCGUCAGCGUGUGCGUGUGCGUGUGUGCCGUGUCGAGGCCGUGUAGAGUGCAUUGUACAGCAUAUUUUCAUGAAUAAAAUUGUUUUAAAUAUUUCUCGCGCCUUGGGCUAGCAGGGGGCGUGUUAGAGGAGGAUAGUUGGCAGAGAUCUGGGGGUCCCGGUGCCUGAGCUCCUGUGUGGCACUGUGUCCAAGUAUGUGUCCCACCUGUCACUGGUACCUGCUUACACGUGUGGUUAAGUGCCUGCUGAGUUCUGGGUGCUGGAGAUGACCCUGGUUGGGACUCUGCACCUGCUUCUGAGAACAUGCACAUGCAGGAAGUUUCUGGCCUGGGAAAUUCUGUCCUGAAUAAGCCUCAGAGAUUGGGGAGGAAGGCAGGUAUUACCCAGAACUUCUUAAUGGCAGGUCCUGUAUGAGGGAGAAUUUUGUUCCUGUUGUACAGAUGAGA